AUGACAUUGUGUUCACUGAUCAUGAGUGGAAAGGAUCAUUGCCACCCCCCCCCCCCUGAAGAACUUCCCACUCCAUACGAGUACUUUGCGAAGUUUUUUGAUGAAAUGAUGUGCGAAAGACUCACAUUUGAAACAAACCUCUACAGUGUGCAACAGUCUGGCAAGAGUUUGGGUGUUACUGGCGAAGAGAUGAGGAAGUACUUGUCUAUCCUUGUGCUCUGUGGUGUCAUAAAAAUGCCGCAGUUCAGAAUGUUCUGGCAGGGUGGGACAAGAUAUGCACCUGUUGCAGACCUGAUGAGCCGGAACAGGUUUGAGGAGAUACAUCGCUUUUUACAUAUGAACAACAACAUGGAGCAGAAACCAAAAGGAAUCGAGGGACAUGACAAGCUCUUCAAAGUCCGUCCCAUUAUAGACGCGCUCCGACAGAACCUAAGACUGGUGCCACCGGAAGAAAAGCAAAGCAUCGAUGAGCAAAUCAUACCAUUCAAGGGCCGCAGCCAGAUGAAGCAGUACAUCAAAGCGAAGCCACACAAAUGGGGCUUCAAGGUGUUCACGAGGGCCAGCUCGUCGGGCAUAAUGCACGAUUUUGUCAUUUAUGAAGGUAAAGGCACUGCAACAGACCAUGGAUUAGGAAUCUCUGGAGAUAUCGUUCUUGAUCUUGUCAGGGACCUACCACAAGGGAUAAACCACAAAGUCUUCUUCGACAACUGGUUUUCCAGUUUGCGUCUGGUUGAACAUCUAAAAAAAGAGGGCUACCUGUCAGUGGGAACUGUCAGGUCAGACCGAACUGAAAAAUGCCCCUUGGCUCUGGACUCCGAGCUAAAAAGUCAAGGCAGGGGUGCCGUGGACUACAAACUAGAUGCUGAAAGUGGGGUUCAAGUCAUCAAGUGGCUUGACAAUGCAACUGUACAGUUGGUGUCAAGUUACGCUGGCGUUCAGCCUACUGACACGUGCACCCGUUGGAGCAACAAAGAAAAAAAACAGAUAGAAGUGACUCGACCAAUUGCAGUAAAAGAGUACAAUGACUCAAUGGGAGGUGUCGACCAGCAGAUAUGCUCAUCGAGUUAUAUCGUACCGACCACAAGUCACGAAAGUGGUACAUGA